CCCCUUCCCCUUCCCCUUCCCCUCCCAGCGCGCCCGCGCGCCCCUCGGCCCUCGGCGAGCAGCUCGGCUCCCCCCAGCGCUCCCAGGGCCCAAAGAUAUGGCAAUGGUAGUUAGCAGCUGGCGAGAUCCGCAGGACGACGUGGCCGGGGGCAACCCCGGCGGCCCCAACCCCGCAGCGCAGGCGGCCCGCGGCGGCGGCGGCGGCGGCGCCGGCGAGCAGCAGCAGCAGGCGGGCUCGGGCGCUCCGCACACGCCGCAGACCCCGGGCCAGCCUGGAGCGCCCGCCACCCCCGGCACGGCGGGGGACAAGGGCCAGGGCCCGCCCGGUUCGGGCCAGAGCCAGCAGCAUAUCGAGUGCGUGGUGUGCGGGGACAAGUCGAGCGGCAAGCACUACGGCCAAUUCACCUGCGAGGGCUGCAAAAGUUUCUUCAAGAGGAGCGUCCGCAGGAACUUAACUUACACAUGCCGUGCCAACAGGAACUGUCCCAUCGACCAGCACCACCGCAACCAGUGCCAAUACUGCCGCCUCAAGAAGUGCCUCAAAGUGGGCAUGAGGCGGGAAGCGGUUCAGCGAGGAAGAAUGCCUCCAACCCAGCCCAAUCCAGGCCAGUACGCACUCACCAACGGGGACCCCCUCAAUGGCCACUGCUACCUGUCUGGCUACAUCUCGCUGCUGCUGCGCGCCGAACCCUACCCCACGUCGCGCUAUGGCAGCCAGUGCAUGCAGCCCAACAACAUCAUGGGCAUCGAGAACAUCUGCGAGCUGGCCGCGCGCCUGCUCUUCAGCGCCGUCGAGUGGGCCCGCAACAUCCCCUUCUUCCCGGAUCUGCAGAUCACCGACCAGGUGUCCCUACUACGCCUCACCUGGAGCGAGUUGUUCGUGCUCAACGCGGCCCAGUGCUCCAUGCCGCUGCACGUGGCGCCGCUGCUGGCCGCCGCCGGCCUGCACGCCUCGCCCAUGUCCGCCGACCGCGUCGUGGCCUUCAUGGACCACAUCCGCAUCUUUCAGGAGCAGGUGGAGAAGCUCAAGGCUCUGCACGUCGAUUCCGCAGAGUACAGCUGCCUCAAAGCCAUCGUGCUGUUCACGUCAGAUGCCUGUGGCCUGUCGGAUGCCGCCCACAUAGAAAGCCUGCAGGAGAAAUCACAAUGCGCACUGGAGGAAUAUGUGAGGAGCCAGUACCCCAACCAGCCCAGCCGCUUCGGCAAACUGCUGCUGCGACUGCCCUCGCUGCGCACCGUGUCCUCCUCUGUCAUCGAGCAGCUCUUCUUCGUCCGUUUGGUAGGUAAAACCCCUAUUGAAACUCUCAUCCGAGAUAUGUUACUUUCUGGGAGCAGCUUCAACUGGCCUUACAUGUCCAUCCAGUGCUCCUAGACCUUGGGCGCUUCCUGCCUGCCCCUGCCCCCACUAGAAACUCAGAGGACUCAUCCGGGCCAAGGACUCCAACGCCUCGGGGACUCUCCGGGUGUGGAGGACCAGGCAGGCCAGGCAGACCAGGCAGGGGAAGGAAUGCUGGGGACAGGAGCAGCCCACCCUGCAGAAAUGCAACUGGAGCUGCAAACCAGGAGAAAAAGAAACUCUUUUAGGAUCAGAUCUAUAAGCACGUUGCAAAGGAAAGAAAAAAGGAUCUUAUGUCUGGUGAGAAAAUGAAAACAUUUUUUGGAAGAGAGGACCAUAAGAAUUUUAAUAAAACAGAAGGAGACCAAUGGACCUUCCAGGAUUUAUUGUGGACGGAUGUGGAUAUAUUCUGUACAGAAAAACAACACAUAUGGAAAUGGACUGAAUCCUAUGUAGAAACACACCACACACACACACACACACACACACACACAUACACACAUACACUGAACAUUGUUAUUCAUUUUGUAAAAUACUAGUCUUUAUUUUCAUUUUUUUGUAAAAUUUAAACAUCGUAUGCGCAUAAAGAAAAAAGGAAACAAGAAUUAGGGGAAAAUAACAUUUUCCAAAUAAUUAUAAAAAAUUUGUCCUGUGUCUAUGUAUCUAUAUCUGUUUUGUAUUUUUUUCUGGUUCCAAACCAGAUUUCCUGUGAUUCUAUACUAAUAAUUUUUGAUAUAACCCUUUGCUUCUUAUAAUGAGUGCGAUAUAUGUUGUCGAGGCUGUUCUUCAAGAAUUAAAAUUGAAGUGAAAAUUUAAACAAAAAUAAAAGAAUUUAGCAAAA